CUUGUUUUUGCAGAGCUGCAUCACUGUCAGGAAGGCCUGGCUCGCAGGAGGAAAGACCUGAUGGAGCUUCUGGAGGUUGAGCUCCGUUGCCAUGAUAAGCGCCACUCAGUUGUUAUGCUUCCGGUGUAUCUGAGGUAGCCGACCAAAGUCACAUGCACGCUCGUCGCUUGCUAAGGGAUUCUAUCCAGACCAAGCUCGCAGUUUAGGUUUCGGUUCUCGAGUUUCGGCCAAUAUGCUGGUCAGGACGUACCAACGGAAGCGCAGAGGGGUACCGAGCGGUUCGGAUGACUCCUUCGCCGAUUCAGCGUCGCAGGAUUCGCAAACGUUUUUCUCGUCCCAGUCGCAGGAUUUCCAAGCAAACGGCCUUACAUCGUCGCAGAAUUCAGAUUGGUCGCUGGUCGGCAGCGAUGAUCCCGAGGCCAUGCUGCACCGUCCAGGUUCUUCCCACCGCAACGCCAACCCUCCUGGUGGACUCUUUUCACCGGAUUCCGAGCCUCUCCAUCACGCCUGUUCCGAACCUGAUGCUAUUUGCGGGUUUCUUUCCCAACCGACUCGUUCCAGCCUCCCACCCCCCGGCCCCUCGCGCACUAGAGCCGAAAACAACCGAGCAGAACCGCGCCGACGAUCAGCUGCGAGCUGGAGAAGCCACGUGGACGGUGGAGAUGGAUCCAGCUUCCUGAACCACGUCAGGAUGAAGAAGGGCGGCAAACGGACCCAGAGCCAGGGGAGGAAGCAAGGCAGGGGCGUCAAGACAAAGGGUGAAUCACAAGAGGCGGAGGUGGAACCCCUAGAACGGCGCAGGUGUGGCAAUGGGAGGCGUGAGCACGAGAGCCAGCACGAGAGUGAUGCGGAGGAGGAGGAACUGAGGGAGCUAGCAGCGCUCUUCAAGUCCCCUGUCCACCGCAACACGUUCUCCACACAGAAACAGAGCACCGCAUUCAUGCCUCCUGCUGGAAUGGCAGCCACUGCAGCCAUAGCAGCGGCCACAGCAGCAGCAGCAGCAGCAGCAGCAACAGCGACGGCGGCGGCCGCUACUGCUGCUGCUGUCCCAGCAACAUCACCAUUUGCCUCCAGGGAAACCCUAAUGGAAUCACAGGAGCUGUACUCCCAAGACUCAUAUUCCCAGGAGGCCGGUUACCAGGAGGACCGUUUCCAGGGCCCUCGCAGCACGACCCUGAUGGAGGCGCAGGAGUCCGGCGAGAUGAUGGCGAGCCUGGAUGAGGCCAUGUUCGCGCUAGACGGGCUCAAGCUGCGGCAGCCAAUUAGGGUGCAGCGCUCGGCCGCCACGUCACUGGCGUCCAUCUGCUCUGCUGUGGACCGCCGCCGCCUGCUACGCUCGCAGGGGCUAGUAAAGCAGAUCAUGAACGCUCUUCUGCUGCUCCCACUAGCGGAUCGCCCCCUCGCACUCGCUGCAGCAGCUAUCUUCUUCUUCAUCGCCUCUGAUGACGCUGAGAGUGACUUCCCAGACCCCUCCCACGCGCUCAGCUUCCUCCUCGCUCUCCUCAAGCACCACAGCGCCCCUCCAUCUCCUCAUGCCGCCUCAGACAACCCCUCAACUGCCUCUGCUACUCGUAGCCUCCCUGUGUCAACCCAGGCAAUCUUAUCACGGAGAGACUGCCCUCUCAAGGGGGCGGAAGGGCGAGAGGCAGAAGCAGCAGCAGCGGCAGAGUUGAAGGUCAGGAAGCUGUUUCCCAGUGGGGCGGUGUUGCGGGGGGGGGAGGAGGAGGAGGGGGAGGACGAGGAGCAGGUGGGAGAGAAGGGGUGUGGUGCUGCUUGUGCUGCUGGUGCUGCUGCUGGUGUUGGUGGUGCUUCAGAUGUGACAGUUGUCGCGCUGGUGCUGGCCACGUUGAAGAGGAUUUGCGCGUCUGUGAUUGCCCUCCAAGCAGCCGGCCUGCCAGACGACAGCAGCCUUCCCUUCUCUGCCGGGGCCGGGCGGUCGCAGCUCAUGCGCUUCGGGCUCAAGGACGAAAUGCGCCGCCUGGGAGGGCUGCACCUCGUGGCGGCCUUAGCUGGCAGCCACAUGGUUCAGUUGGCAAAGUAUACACACGAGCCGUAUGCAGACAGGCUGGAAGGAACGGGAGCAGGGAGAAGCAGAAGCGGAUUGAAGGUGCUGAGCGAGGAGAACCCGUCUGGGCACAAGAGGCGCCCCUUGCAGCAGCGCAAACAGGCAGCUACUAGCACCGACGGGGCGGCUGUUGAUGGCAUGGCGCAGGGCACAGCCUGCAGUGGAGCCAGCAGCGUUGAUGUGGCGACGAGCUGUCUUGGGGUGUUGGAGCAUGUGACGUUCAUGAGCCGCGAUAACCAGGACUAUCUCAUCCGCCUCUCUUUGCCCGAUGAGUCCCUGACUGGAGCGAAGAGGAGAAAGCUGUCUGCCGGUCACAGCACCUCUCCUGCCAUGCCGCUCAUUGCCACAGCAGCCUCAUGCGGGGCUGUGGGUGAGGGGGGCAGGGACUGUGGCAAUGGCGACGCAAGAAAUUGUUGCGAGAGCAGCGGUGGAAGGUCGUUUCUUGCCCUCCUGUUGGAGUGCCUCCAAGGGCUCUCAGGUGGUGGGAGCGCUCAGAGCUCUCGAGCCGCGGAGAACAUUGGCGCGUCAGGAGAAGACUCCGAAGGGGAAAAGAGAGGGGGGCUGGGAGGUGGCGAUGGGCGCAUGGUGAUGCUGGGCGACGCUGUGCGUUUAGACCUGGAGGAUGGGGUGGAGAGCGGGGAGGAGAGUGGAAAGGAGGAGGGGGGUGGCAGAGGACAAGGAGGGAGGAGAGCGUGUGGGUUGGCUGCAAGAGGGAGGUCUAGCGGCGUGGAAGCUAUGAGAGAGCCGGGUGAGGAGGGAAACGACGCCCUAGGCAGUGGUGUGAACCAGCGAGGUUAUGGUGGGGUGACAAGGAAGGGGAAGGGUGACUGUGCCGUGUCAGUAGGGCGAGGGGGAGGAGAGAUGGCAGAUAAGGGGCGAGGGGGCGUGAAGGCAGGUACAAAGACGAGGGAAACAGCAGACCCGUUCUCGUUUGACCCGUGGGAAGAGGAGAGCGGAGGGAGGAACGCAGGGAGGGCGGGUGCAGGGAGGGCGGGUGCAGGGAGGGCGGGUGCAGGGAGGAGAACAGCAGGGGAUAGGGGACAGCGGGGACAGGCGUCUCGAAGAUUGGUAAUGCUGGGUGAGGAUGUGGCGGAGGAGGAGGGACGACGCUUGGGACAUGGCAAGGCUGGCGCUUGUUCUCGGAACGCUGGCGCCAUUGUGCUGCUGGGUGAGGAUGCUGGGGAGGAGGAGGAGGAGGAAGAUGAAGUGUUGCGAGAUUUCAAGGCUUGUACCGGUGCUGCCGCUGUUGUUCUGGGAGAGGAUGUGGGGGAGGCAGAGGAGGAGGAGGAGGAGGAGGAGGAGGAGGAGGAGGAGGAGGUGGAGGAGGAGGAGGCGUUGAGAAUUUGUAAGGCGUGUGACGGCGCUGGCCCUGUUGUACUGGGAGAUGCAGUGGGGGAGGAGGAGCAGGAAGGCUGUGGUGUGGGUGAGAAGGAGAGAGAGUGUGGGGCGAGAGCAGAGAGAGAGCAGGGCCGGGGAGGGAAGGGGCGAAGCGAAAAGGUGGAGGAGGAUCCGUACGAGUUUCUGAUGGACUCGCAGGUGGAAGAGGAGCUGCUGGUGGGGGAGGACUGGGGGGGGCUUGCGGGAGGGGAGGGAUGUGGGGAGAUGUUAAGGAAUGGCUUGUGUGGGUCAGGCGUUAGGCUGGGAGAGGACGUGGGGGGAGAGGGUAGUGGGAGUGAGGGUGAGUGCAGGGAGCAGUGCAGGCUGAGAUGCGGGGGGGUGCAUGAUGGGAGGUUGCAUAAUGGAAGGCUACGAAAUGGGAAGAGCAAGGAGCAGCUGAAGCACAAGGAGAGCCGAAACAGUUCCUUUACUGCGAGUGGUUGUAACAAGCGUGAUAACACUGGGGGAGACGGUGCUGGUGAUGGCGAUGGCAGGCUGUCAGUGCGGUCAAAGCAGGGCCGCCGGUUCGUCCUGGCAGCAUGCAAGGUGCUCAUGAACCUCACCAACCACAGUGCGGAGGGGUGCAGAGCGGUGGCAGGGGCGGAUGGCAUCGCGGUGGUAGCCUCCCUCGCUGCUGCCUGCUGCUCGGACCAGUGCUGGCAGCAGGCUUUGACUGCUGGGUCUCUGGGUGAAUCUGGUAGCGAGCAGCAGCAGCAGCAGCAGCAGCAGCAGCAGCAGCAGCAGCAGCAGCAGCAGCAGCAGCAGCAGCAGAAGGCAACAACCGUGGAAGCAACUUCAGAGUUGAUUCAAGGGUCAACUUUUGGUGAUGGUUCGGCGGCUGAAGCUGGAAAUGGUGACAGGUGGAACGGAAGAGCGGAGCGCAAUGGGAGUGACUCGCCAGCUGCUUUUGGUGUGAGGUGCAAGGAGGGUGGAAGAGAGGGGAGAGGGGGGGGAGGUGAGGCGGAAAUGGAUGACAAGUCUGGAAGGGAUGGUCAGGGGGGAGGGAGGCGAUGGGAGGGCGAUGCUGACGUGCUCGUGGUGCUACUGGGGCUCAUAGUCAACCUGGUGGAGGCUGAUAGUGACACCAGAUCGCUUCUGGCAGAAGUCACGUGCACGAGGCCUACGCAAGGGUGGCAGAAAUCCAAGCAGCACAAGCCCCAUGAACCCAGCACCCGACAACUGAAGCACCAUCAGCAGAGGGCGGCAAAGCCAGGGGAGAGAGUGCCAAUGGUGUCGCUUCUGUGUGCCAUCUUCGCUUCACGGCAAAACGCUCACGUUUUGCGAAAUGACGGCAAGAAAGAACAAGAGUUCGACAACAAGUGUCGGAUCUCUGAGCCCUCUAGCCACAGGGGCUUGGGCAGUGGCGUGGGAGAGGCAGAGGCGAUUGCUGGGGAGGGGGGCGCAGGGGAGCGUGGGGGGAAGGAGGUGGGGGAGGGCGAGAUGCUGGUGUCAAUGAUGGUGGAGGGGACGGUGGAGGCAGAGCAGAUGAUUAUGGAGUCGCAUGCUGCUCUGCUGCUGGGGCUACUGGCACAGCACAGCGAGUCUGCCUGCCAGUCCAUCUGCCGCCAGCUGCCCGGCUCCUCCCUGCAGCCGCUGGCGCCAGUCCUGCAGCAAUUCAUGGCGUUUCAUGACAGUGUGGGGGCGCUCACUAGCGAGUCACGGCAGUUGCUGCACCAAGUCAUUGUCCUCUGUGCCUCUCAUGGGCGGCAGCAGCAGCAGGGUGAGCUGUAGCAACAGCAGGGAGAGCUGUAGCAGGGUGGGCAGCAGUAACAGUGUGGGCGUGACACCACGACAGUGCUUUCCAAUCAGUCACCACAGGUUGGGCUGACGACGGGUUGGGCGGCAGAAGCGGUGUGGACUGGGUUAAUAUGCGCGGCAGAAGCAGUGGACUGUAGUAGUACGGGUGGCAAAAGCAGUGUGGGCGUGACAGUGUGUACAACAGCAGACUAGUCUGUAGCCGCAGGAAUUAAUGGUGGGGCUGACAACAGUUUGGGCGGCAGAAGCAGUGAGGUGGACAUUUGGAUGGGCAGGUGGGAAGCAGCAUGGUGGGUUCAGCAGCAAGGUGGGGUCAGCAGCAUAACAUGAUAUAAGGGGAACAUUAGCACUGACAGCAGCACGGACCAGCAGCAGAGCAUUGCCACAGGGCAGAGCAACACAUGGGAAUGGAGCAGCUGAGCAUUGCCACAGGGCAGAGCAACACAUGGGAAUGGAGCAGCUGAGCAUUGCCACAGGGCAGAGCAACACAUGGGAAUGGAGCAGCUGAGCAUUGCCACAGGGCAGAGCAACACAUGGGAAUGGAGCAGCUGAGCAUUGCCACAGGGCAGAGCAACACAUGGGAAUGGAGCAGCUGAGCAUUGCCACAGGGCAGAGCAACACAUGGGAAUGGAGCAGCUGAGCAUUGCCACAGGGCAGAGCAACACAUGGGAAUGGAGCAGCUGAGCAUUGCCGUGGGGAAAGCAGGUGGGGAAGGAAGGCAGCAAAACACACAGCGCAACUUGGGUUGGAAGGCAGCAUGAGAGCUGGAAAACAGGCAUGGAAAGGGUAUGUUGGUGGCACUGUGUGGCUUAUUUCGACAACUUCAGAGCCCUGGUCUUCCACUCCACAUUGUGUACAUCCAAGCUGGAACGGGCCACUGAAUUGUAGGGGACAUAGGUUGGUGCUAAGCUUGCACAUUCUACCAGCAACGUUAUCAGUGUCCCAUAUUUGUGAACAACAGG